AUGACUGAAAAAUCAUCGGCUAAUGGUCAAACAUCCGAACAACAAUCGACAGCAACAAUAACGACGUGUUUGGGUAUUGGACGUGGAAAAGCACAGCCUGAAACGAAUAAUUAUGAACAACCAUCAGUUUCAAAAUGGAAUAGUACCGAUGGUAGUAUGUUGGGAGGCCACAGUUCGAACAGCGUUGGAGGUUUCGGUUCACGAAGUGGUGGCAGUGUUGGUGGCCGAAGCAGCCGUAGUGGUGAUGGAAGAUUUGGAUCGGAUAAUGAUGGUGUAAAAGCAUGUUAUAACUGCAAUAAGAUUGGUCACAUACGCCGAGAUUGUCCUGAGCUACGGAAAGAAAAUCGUGGUGGCCGCGGUGGUUUUCACUUAAGUAAUGAUAGUCGUAAAGUCAAAUUUAUAUUGGCAGCGAAUGAUGGAACUUCAUCAAUGCGUAUCACAAAUCGUAAUUCGAAAAAUCCAAAUGAAAAUAAUCAAGUUAAUAACAUUGAUACAAAACCAACUUCUGGUGGUAGAUUUCGAGGUAAUCGAGACAAUACUGAACGAGGAUUUAAUUCAAGCGAUCAUGAUAAGAUAAAGUUAGGUCAUCGUGGCCGCGGCAAUCACCACAAUGAUCAAUCUCGUGAUUAUCCUAAAAGAAGAAAACCUCAUGCUAGCAUUGUACACUAUAUUCCACCACCUCCAUCAUCAACAGCAGUCGAUAUAUAUUAUGAAGAACUUACGGAAUACGCCAGUGUUGGAAGCAAUAAUCAAACAAUUAACCCAUGUAUAUCUGCAGACAAAAUAAAACCAAUUAAGUUAUUUCAAGAUGCUCUUCUAAAUACACAAGUUUUAUCAAAUAUUCAUCGUGCUCAUUUUGAAAAACCAACACCUAUUCAACGUUAUACAAUACCUUGUAUACAACAACAAAAUGAUCUAAUGACUUGUACUCAAACCAAAUCUGCUUGUCUGUUAAGUAGUGGUCAUGAUAUGUCUACGACUCUCCAAAAAGGUUGUCAUAUCUUAUCAACAACUAUCGAUUGUCUUAAAGAUAUGGUUGAAAAACAUCAAAUUUUAUUAAGAAAAAUCAAAUAUGUCGUUUUUGUUGAAGCCGAUCGAAUGUUCAAUCAAGAUUUUGAACGUGAUAUUCGUAAAUUAGAAGAACUUGGUCUACCACAAAAAGACAAACGUUUUACAUCAAUAUUUUCUGAUACAUUUUCUCAAGAAUUACAAAACCUAGCUGCGCAAUAUCUCUGUGAAAGAUACAUAUUUCUUUCUGUCAAUACUAAUGAAGAUAUAACCCACACAAUCGAAGAAGUUCGACAAGCAGAUAAAAAAGAUCGUCUUUUACAAUUAUUGGCACAAAAUCUCAAUUUAAAGCGGUGUUUAAUAUUUGUUGAAACAAUAGAGACAGCUGAUUAUAUCGAAACAGAAUUAACACAUAAAAAUCUAAUGAGUGUUGUAAUACAUGAUGAUCAACAUAGUGAAGCUUUACAAGGAUUUACAAAUGGAAAAUAUCAAAUUCUUAUUGCAACAUCAAUUGCUGCUUGUAAUUUAGAUUUUUCUUCAGUUGAUUGUGUUAUUCACUAUGAUUUACCGGAUUCGAUUGAUUUUUAUAUUGAUCAAUCAAUAUCAUUUUUUGAUCCAGACAGAAUUUCUGAUCGAAAAAUUGCAGCUGGUCUUCUAUCAAAAUUAACUGAAAUGGGUCAAGAAGCACCUGAAUUUCUUAAACAAUAUGCUGCUACUAGUGAUGAUACAACUUUUUCUAAUACAGUUGAAGAAGAUGAUGAAGAUGAAUGGGAAGAUGAAGAAGACUAG